CCUACUCUUAAGUCUUGAUGGGCAAGUUGUGCAUAAACAAUUUGGUAGACAACUAGAUAACGCACAGAUAUCAAUUCUUUAAUGACUACCGAACGCCAUUACAGGUUGCAGCAGUUACAGAAAAUCAAUAAUGCUGGAAUUUUAAAUUAUGAAGUACUUCUACUUAUACUCCCUCUAAUUUCAACUGCAAAUGAGUUGCAUCUUGUGCUUCACGGAUCUGCUUCAACUCUCUGAAAUCUGGAUAAUAGAACUGGUCAAAUAGAUGGAGGGAGAGUACAGCAUUGCAAAUGAUGUGACUGAGCUGGUGGGAAAAACACCUAUGGUUUAUCUUAAUCAUGUGGUGGAGGGCUGCGUAGCGCGCGUUGCAGCCAAGCUUGAAAUGAUGGAACCAUAUACUAGUGUCAAAGACAGGAUAGCAGUUAGUAUGAUCAAAGAUGCUGAAGAAAAGGGUCUGAUUACCCCCAAAAAGACAAUUCUCAUAGAAGUGACAAUUGGUAAUACUGGUAUUGGAUUGGCGUUUAUUGCUGCUGCUAAGGGCUAUAAGCUUAUCAUUUUUAUGCCUUCGUCUGUGAGUCUUGAGCGACGAAUGAUUCUUCUAGCCUUGGGAGUGGAAUUGCACCUCAUGGGCCCGACAGUCAGCUAUCCUGACGCCUACAAAAAAGCUAAAGAGUUACUGGAAAAAACACCAGGCGGUUAUUGGAUCAAUCAAUUUGAAAAUCCUGCGAAUCCAAAGAUUCAUUAUGAGGCAACAGGGCCGGAGAUUUGGCGAGCCACGGAAGGCCAAGUGGAUGCCUUUGUCUCUGGCAUUGGGACUGCUGGUACCAUUACUGGGACAGGGAAAUUUCUUAAAGAGAAGAAUUCUAAUAUUAAGGUGUAUGGAGUAGAGCCAGCUGAAAGUGCCAUCUUAAAUGGAGAAAAACCUGGAAAGCACAAAAUCCAAGGAAUUAGUGCUGGUAUUGUCCCUCCAUUAUUGGACUUUGAUAUAGUUGAGGAAGUUAUCAAGAUAUCAGGUGAAGAAGCCAUGGCAACUGCGAAGCUUCUUGCAUUGAAAGAAGGUUUGCUAGUUGGGAUAUCAUCUGGAGCUGCUGUCGCUGCUGCUGUUAAAUUAGCAAAAAAGCCUGAAUUUUCUGGAAAAUUGAUUGUUGUUGUUCUCCCUAGUUUUGGAGAGCGUUAUUUAUCAACUGAAUUAUUUGAAUUGGAAAGACGCGAGGUGGAAGCUUUGACUUAUGAAACAAUUGUAGAUAAUGACACCAUUUCUAUUAUGUAAUAUGCUUUUUGUAUGUCUUUGUAAACAUUUGUAGAUCACAUCUUGAUGUUAAUUUCUUUCUAAAAUAACACUUGUGAAAGUUACGAAAUUAAUAUUUAAUUAAUUUCUAUUGUUUGAAAUGUAUAAAUCCGUGUAUUAUUUGUUUUUAAUUUUAUUAAACUAUUCAAU